AUGUUAACAGUUCAACAAUGGUUAAAACAAUAUGUUCGGGAUGUAUUAGAUGAAUCUGAUGAAAUUUUACAUGUUGAAUAUCAAUUAAUUUAUACUGUCGGUGGUCAAGAACAAGGUGAUGGAGGUGCAGAACGUUGGAAAGGUGUGGGUGUUGUGCCUUUCAAUAACCACACUCACACCCACAGUCACCUACACCCACCCCCUAUUCUUGAUUUUCUCAUGAAUAUUUUUCACUGGGUAGUAUCAAAAGCAACUGCCUCCCCUCGUAUGUAGCAGAGGCGUUCGAAGCUUGGUUUUACCAGGAUCAACGGUAUUGAGCAGCAUACUAUUGCUUGUGAAGACUUAAUAUUUUAUCUAUCGUGUACUACGAUGGAAAAACAACAAAUCAAACCGUGGUAUAAUGCACGUUUUCUUCUAACCUUCAAUUGACUGUCUCUCCCCGUCGGUUAAGCUGUUCGAGUGGUGGAUGAGAGAAUAAGCAAAAUAAAGAUGCUAUAGGAAUGAAAAAAAGUAUAUUUCAAUAAUAUUCGACAAGGUGCUCUUUUUACUUAUACGAAUGAAUGCGCGCAAGUCAAACUUUCUUUUCGAUAUGUAUAUAAGCAACAUAAUGCUUUCAUUUUUUUCACUGAGCAACGUCGAUAUAUUACACAG